GGGGUCCUUCAGGUAGGAGGUCCUGGGUGACUUUGGACGUCCGCUCAGCCAGGUUGCAGAAGCGGUUUAGUGUGUGUCCUAAUCUUCUCUCUCGGUGUAGGUAGGCCUGUGCCGCAAACAUGCUCCGCCAGAUCCUCGGGCAAGCCAAGAAACAUCCCAGCUUGAUCCCUCUCUUCGUGUUUAUUGGAGCAGGGGGUACUGGAGCAGCACUGUAUGUGAUGCGCUUGGCAUUGUUCAAUCCAGAUGUCAGCUGGGACAGGAAGAAUAACCCAGAGCCUUGGAACAAACUGGGUCCCAAUGAACAAUAUAAGUUCUAUUCUGUGAACGUGGACUACAGCAAACUGAAAAAAGAAGGCCCAGACUUCUAAACUGUGAAGUUCACUGCAAAGCUGCUUACAAUGAAGGUCUUUCAGAAGCCAUCCGCACAAUUUUCCACUUAAGCAGGAACUAUGUCUCCGAAUGCAUGAAAUCAUGUUGAUUUUUUUUUUUGAGUUUAUUACACUGAUGAAUAAAUCUCUGAAACUUGAUAUGUGUCACUAUUUAAUGCUGAAAAUUCAUAUGGGAUUUGAUAGCUAGGAUAUAAGAAAUAAAGUAUCAGGAUUUAAAGAAUCUCUUGAAUUUCUCUUUAUACAUUUGAAAGUGAGACCUAUGCUGCUUUAAUAAGGGUGUGUGUGUAUGUGUAUAUAGGCCCACACUUGAUAACUUCAAACUGGAAAUUAAAGGGCUUCUGGGAAGAAUAUUCACGUCUUUGUCAAAUGAACACAAUAGAAAGCUCUGGAUUUCUG